UCGUUUCUGAGGAAACCUUCAUUAAGUGUAUAAAUACCAGUCCAGCUUUAAGGCUGCUCACAACAGAGGAAAAACACAGCAGAGAAAAAAAACAUGGAUCCUGAGACAAACGCAGCAGUUGGAGCAGCGGUCGCUGAGGACAAGACCCCUGAUGUUCUGCGGGCCGCAGGUUUCACCUCAGGUGGAAUCGAGGCAGGCUCCACGGCUGCUAGUAUGAUGUCGGCUUCUGCAGUCGCUAACGGAGGUGGAGUGGCGGCAGGAAGUCUGGUGUCUGUUUUUCAAAAAACAGGUGCGUCUGGUGGGUCGGAGGACUCGGAGGACACCAAGUGCAGCUGCCAAUGAUGGAGCAUUAUUCUGUUGAUCUAAUGAAGCAAGUGAUGAAGCAGCAUGUUUAUGUUCUGAAAUGUUUGGAAAGUUGUCUGGUUUGCAGUUACCUGACAUGAUGUUUCAUUGUUUGAAUCUUACAUCUCCGAAAAUAAAAGCAACCGGGUUAAAACACA